UCUUCAGUGUCAUUAGUCCUUAUAUAGAGAAGAUGAAACCUGUAUGAUCUCUCAGUAUCAGACACUGUAUCCUCCACUAGGUGGCGCUCUUUCAGUGUGAUUAAUGUAAUAUUCAGUCAGUGCUGAUGGUGGGAGGGGCCAGUAAAGCUGCUCAUUACUGAUAAAGAGCUGAAGAAAGAGGAAGUAACUAAAGCAGACAGAUGUAGAGACAGAGAGAUUCACACAGAAAACAUUCAGCAUAAAGAAGACUGAACUCAACUCACAAUGAAGAUCCUCCUCAUCUUCUUCACUUUCUACCUGAUCUCAGGUGCAGUGAGAUGCUUUAGAGUCACUGGAUAUUCUGGAGGAAGUCUUCUUGUUAGUUCAUGGAAGCCUUGGCAUAAAGAUAAAGCUAAAUACUUGCAAAAGUUACAGAAUACAACAAUAAUAAGUAAUGUGAAACAAGAUCAAUGGAUUAAUGAAGGAAAAUUUACUUUAUUUUGCAAUGAUUUUGAAAACCUCAUGAUCUACAUUAGAGAACUGAACACACAAGAUGCUGGAACUUACCGGAUUGGGGUUGAUGGCGAAUGGUCCGUCGAUAUGACUUUAAAAGUGAAAGAAGAUUCAUGUUGUAACCUGUCAAAGAGAGUGAUGGUGCAUAUUGGACAAACUGUCACAUUCAGCUGUGAAUAUUCACCUAAUCAUAUUAAUGAUCCCAAGAUCAUAUUCAAAGAAGGAGAAGACUCAGUUGAGAUGAUUUACAGCCCAUGGAAUAAGAAAGAAAGAUUCAAUAUUUCUGAUGACAAACAGGAACUCUUGACUGUGAGAAUUACUGCUGUGACACCAGAUGAUGAAGGAGUUUAUUUAUGUGGAGUUUGGAUCAAUGGACAAUCAUACACUUACUCCAUUAUUAAUACUGUUCAUCUACACAUUAUGGCUAAAGUGGGCGUGUCUAGAGUGAGCGGAUACUCAGGAGGUCGUAUGAUGAUCAAGUGUGAACAUCCCCAAUACAAAACCAAUCCAAAAUACAUCUGUAAAGAAUCAGAUGGAUGUUCAGAGAGGAAGAAUCCAGGAGUUCAGGAUGAAUGGAUGGAGAAUGGAGAUGUUUCUUUAUAUGACGACACCAGAGCAGGAGUCUUGAUGGUGUUUUUUAGAGAGCUGAAAGCUGCAGAUGCAGGAACAUAUAGGUGUGGAGUGAAUGUGUCUCACUAUACUGAGAGCUUCACUGAACUUCAGUUGCACGUCACAGAUGAUGUAAUGUUUGUGACUGAAUCUGCUCAUUUUGGUGAAGAAGUCAACAUCAGCUGUCAGAUCCCAGAGGAACAUAAAGUUCGUUUCUGCAAAGAGGAUGAUAAUCACAUCUGUCAAAACAUCAGCACAUCUACAGUGACAGAAAUGAAUGGUUCAUCUGAGAGAAAUGAAGAGAGAGUUUUUACAGUGAGCGUGAGAGAUGCUGGAGUUUACUGGUGUGGAGCAGAAACCAGAGACACACAUUUGACUUUCAUCUCCCUGAACACCAAAAUUCAGCUCAACCUCAUCAUGGCUCCAGUAGUGAGACGUGAAGGAGAAUCUGCUGAGAUCAUCUGCCCUUAUGAUUCAAUCUAUAAAUCAAAUUCAAAGUCUCUCUGUAAGGGGAAGUGCUCCACUAGAGAUAGAAAUACUCUCAAUGAAGAGAAAGAGACCAAGACUGACAGAUUGACUCUGAAUGAUGACGGCACUGCAAGUGUCUUCACUGGGACCAUCACUGGACUGACAGCAGAGGAUGCUGGGAAAUACUGGUGUGCAGUGACAUUAGAGAGAGACGUGAAUUAUCUUUACACUCAUCUGAUCGUCAUCAUGAAUGAGGAGCUGAACUUGACUAAGUAUGAAGGAGACGACAUGUCAAUCCAGUGCAAACAUCAUGACGAACAUCAGAAACUCUUCUGCAAAGCACAUGAACCCUCCAUGUGUGUGAAGGAUGGAGUUUCAUUGGAGACGAUCAGAGAUGAUCGAUUCUCUUUCAGUGAUGAAGCUUCUACUGGAGUCUUUACUGUGAACAUCAAUGAUCUGAGAGAAGAGGAUUCUGGGAUAUACUGGUGUGCAGCACACAUCACCACUAAAGUCAACCUCACUGUUAAAAAGGAUUUCUCUUUGUUCAACAUCAUUUCUAUAUGUUCGACUCUGCUGCUGAUUGGAGGAUUCACUGUAAUUGAGUGUUUAUUAAGAUGAGGUGAUGCUGUCCUUCAUGAACAAACACUGAUUAUAAUAACUAAAACUCAAAAACUGUUUAUGAAUAGUCUUUUUUUUCCAAAUGAGGACAUUCAAAAUGUAUUCAAAUUGAUGUUUUGUCAGAUGCAGGUCACAAACAAACGUACUUUUAAUCUUCAUCAUUCUUGAAAAUGUGAUAAAACAUUAAAAAUAUAAGUCUUUUAAAAUCCUUUUGCUCACAGAGUUUCUCAUGAACUCUGUAGGUGUUUUUUUGUGUUUGAGUGGUGAUCAGUCCAGCUUAAAGCCACAGAAAACAGGUGAAGUUUCUGGGUCUCAGUUCAGUUUCCUGAAAAGAUCAAAAAGACUCUCUCAGGAAACCCACAGAGAACAGAGAGAGAGAGAUGCUGAACAUCGUCUGUGGUCAGAAGACAAUAAAGACUAAACUUUGCCUUGUAAUUACUGAAGAUGUUCUAUAAUUAAAAUAUAAAUUAUUCAUUUUGCUUAUUUAACUAUUAAAAUGGCUGAACCACUUUUAUGAUUCACAAGUUGUUUGUGUGUGAUUGGACUGUUUUACUUUAAACAAAAUGUAAAAAAUAUGUCAAUGACACAAUGUCUGUCAAAUAAAAUAAAAAAAAUAU